GCCCUCCACCUCUCCUCAUGGCGGCGGCGGCGGCGGCGCCGGAGUUGCGCCUGGACGGCUCAAUCCGCUUCUGGGUUCUGCUGCCGGUGGCCUGGAUCGCGCUGGCUGUCGGGAUUCUGCGGCUGCGCGUCGCGGGGCUGUUGCGCGGCGAGCGCGAGCUGGGCUGGCGCGAGCAACGGCAGGACACGCAGAUUCUGGCUCGUAGCCACCUCCUGAGGGAAAAUGGACGCUUCCUAACUCAACAGGGCUUUCUCAUGCGCAAACAUUACUUCAAUAACCCCGAAAGCGGCUUUUUCCGCAAAACCAAACGUAAGAUUCAGCCUCGAAACCCACUGACAGACCCUACUAUGGUCACAGAGAUGAUGAAAGGCAAUAUCAUCAAUGUGCUGCCCAUGAUCCUUGUUGGAGGCUGGAUCAACUGGGCUUUCUCUGGCUUUGUGGCUACCAAGGUUCCCUUCCCCCUGACCCUGCGGUUCAAGCCCAUGCUGCAGCGUGGAAUUAAUCUGCCUUCCCUGGAUGCCUCUUGGGUGAGUUCAGCCUCCUGGUAUUUCCUCAACGUCUUUGGCCUGCGCCGAAUGUACAUCAUCAUCCUGGGGGAAGAGACUGCUGCAGAGCAGGGUCAAUACCCUUGGCAAGACCAGUUCCUGGGCCCAUCCGUGCCUGCUCCCCCUGAUCCCAACAAGGCCUUCAAGGCUGAAUGGGAAGCAUUAGAGCUGGCCUCUCACCGCUGGGCUCUUCAAGAUGUUGAACAAGAACUGAUGUCACAGGACCUUGAGCUGGAAGGGAUGUUUGGGCCAGACUGACCUCAGCCAUAGUAGCUGUGGAUCCUAACAAGCACUGAUGGGGCAACUCUGCGCAUGCAGAGGGUGCCCCAGUCCCUGGGAUGCCACCCAGGGCAGAGGGCCACCUCAUUAUGCAUGAUGUGUUAAAAGUGUGGAUUGGCUUUUCGUCUGUAGAGUCAAGAAGCUGCUGCAGGGGGCUGGCGUCCAUGGACAGACCACAGUCAGGCAGAGCAGCUGGCAGUAGCACCACUUUAGCUAGCUCUUAGUGGUUGAAGCAUUGAGAAUGGGUUGGAGCAAGCGAGAGCUGCUGUUCUCCUUCAGCUUGGAGGGAUGAAAAACAACUUGGUAAGAGGCCUCAACAUGUAAAACUGAAUGUCGGUUGCAGACGUGUUUGGUUAUUAAACUGACAUGCUUUGCUUUAUUGUUCCAUACCUGCUCUUUGUGUGCUCCACAGCUGGUGGCAAACACCUAAAAUUUAGAUUUUGCUAGUUUCCUCCAAAUAAUACCCUGAAAGAAUGCCACCCUUACUAAGAAAUAUCCCUCGAGACAUUUUUAAUUUAGAAUGAAAAUGGAGGGACUGUCCAAUCCUAGAACAUCAGUUACCUGUUCCUCUACAAGUGCAGGAAGCUUGAAACAGAAUCCAACAGAGUCCUUUGGCUUUUGUAGCCAUAAGAAUUCAUGUUUAAGGCUAUUCUCCAUCUAGACCAGCCUUCCAGACAAUCAUCCCACACACCCCUCUCCCCAAAAGGGGAGUUUGCAGCCCACAGGUGAAGAACUCGGGCAAUGAUUUUCCCAUGCCAGCAGCAUCAAGGCUCCCUGCUCCCCCAUAAGGAGACACCCUACUAAAAGGUUAAAGCUUCAAAGAAAAUGUUCUUCACCUGUGUCAGCUUCAAGGCUACUCUACUACAAAUAAAGAGCGUGCAAGGCUAUAGAUCCCUUCCUAGGGUAUAGCAGUCCUUAAGUGAAUCUGGUAUCUGCA